CUGACUGACAGGGCGGGACCGGGGCGCGAACCGGAAGCGGUAGAGAGAACAGCGCGAGGCGGCCCCGGGAUCCGGGCAACGUUCUGACACCCAGAGAGCAAAUGAGCUGUUGAUAAAGAUUGAAAAAAAAUGGGAAGGAAAGAUGCUGGUACCUCUAAAGUCCCAAUUGAUCAGUACCGGAAACAAAUAGGAAAACAAGAUUAUAAGAAAACUAAAACAGUUUUAAAAGCAACAAGAUUGAAAGCAGAAGCCAAGAAAACAGCGCCAGGAAUAAGGGAUGUGACACUCAUCAUUAUAGCUGUGCUGAUUUUGGUAUUGGUUGUCUACGCUUUCUUUUUCCUGAAUCUCACCACGGAAGUUGACCUUGACUUAGAUCCGGACGAAAACUAAUUGAUGCCGUGCUUCCGUCAUGUUUCAUUCCUUCUUCAGGAGCGACCACAUUGAAACAAUACUCAGCUGGAAUUUACCAAUGAAUAUUGCACUAUGAGGAGGCCAGAUCGACUGUUCAGCGUCCGCACGUUUAUAUUUUGAUUCUGUUUACCACAGGAAUAUUUUCCAAUACAUCAAUUUUUAUAUCAUCUGGCUCACCUUGUAAUGCAUCCAGUAAACCUGUAAUUUUAAGCGAGAUCCUAUUUCAUUCAAGUUAGUCUUUUAAAAUUAUUCAAAUUUACGUAGUAAUUUUCUUUUUUAAAAGCACCUGGGUUUUUAUUAGUUAUACCAGGUAGCUGUGCUGGAAUUAGACAGUACAUGUUCAGCAAGGGAAUAUGAAAGAACCAUAUCCAAUAUAAAUGCAAACAGUCAAUGUAGUAAGCAAUUUAGUUUUAAUAUGGGAAAUCAAGUACUGUAGUAUUCUGGGAAUCUAUCCUUUUCAAUUUAUGCAUUUACUGAUAAAAAUGACUUAACAGAAAUGCCAUACCUGGUCUAGAUAAAGUAAUUAAUUGUGCAUAAAGACACAGAUAGGUGCAAGUUGAAGGAGCAGCAUUACAGCAGUUUGCGUUGUUACUUAUGUGUGCUGUAUUCUGUUGUUUUACAUGUAAGAUGGUAUUUUCUGUCUGUUUUAAAAUGACAUUUAGGGUCCAAACUUUUUUUAAAAUAAAUGAACGUGCUAUAUUUUUCCAAGUCUUAUCUGAUGCUUAAUGAACAAAAUGUUGUGUAUUGUUCAUCAGUGUAUUUUUUGUACAUUUUUUAGAUUAAAUCAAUAUCAU